UGCCUUUGUUUACUUAUUUGUUGUUGAUUGGUUGGAACUGAUAAGUUGUAGCAAUAAUCAGUAACGCCAAUAUAACCUUCGUAGAUUAACUGUUUCAAUAUGAAAAAUUACAAAAUUGAAGGCACAAUAGGACAAGGGGCUCAUGGUCUUGUUUUACGAGGUCGUCAUGUGGACACUGGAGAGAUUGUAGCUGUAAAAAAGGUGCUAUUAAAACGAAUAGAAGAUGGGAUACCUGUUACUAUAUUUCGAGAAAUUAAAGCCUUACAAGAAGUCGACUGUGAGAAUGUAUGUGUGAACUUGUGUGUAGUAGACCGCUUUCUGUAUUGCACUGCUGCACUGGUUGUCCAUUUAUUGGAUGUGUUCCCACAGGGUCUGGGUUUCAUGUUGGUCUUCGAGUUUAUGCCAUCUGGACUGCAGGAAAUGAUGCGUGACUUUGAUAACUGCCUGACAGAGAGACAGAUUAAAAUGUAUAUGAUCAUGUUACUUAAAGGGGUAGCAUACUUGCAUAAGCAUCGUAUCAUGCACAGGGAUCUGAAACCUGCAAAUUUACUCAUCAGCCGUGAGGGUGUUUUAAAGAUUGCUGAUUUGGGACUCGCUCGCCUUUUUGGCAAUGAAGCAAUACAGCGACCAUACUCACACCAGGUGGCAACCCGUUGGUACCGAGCACCAGAGCUGUUGUAUGGAGCACGUUAUUACACUGAAAGUGUUGACCUGUGGUCUGUUGGCUGUAUCCUUGGUGAACUUCUCAACAAUUCACCUGUCUUCCGUGGAGAGACAGACAUAGAACAGCUUGCCAUUGUCAUCCACACACUAGGGACACCAAAUGAAGAAGUGUGGCCUGGGGUUUCAGCAUUGCCUGAUUACAAUAAGGUUUCCUUUAAAGAAUGUCGAGGUAUACCUUUGGAACAAGUUUUCCUUGAAGUUUCUCCAGAGGGUGUUGACUUGCUUAAAAAAUUGUUGCUGUAUGAUGCUUCUAAAAGAAUUUCAGCGGAAAAGGCUCUAGUGCAUCAGUAUUUUUUCACAAGACCUUUGCCAUGUCCAAUGAGUGAAAUGCCAAAACCAACAGAUGAACAUAGGCAGAAGAUUUCCAGCAAGGAGUAUGAUGUUGACAGAGAUGUGAGAACUUUUUUUGAUGAUCUCAGAGAUAUACUCCAACAAAAAUAAGGUCCAACUCCAAGAUUUAUGACUCUGUUUGGCCUUGAUCCCCUCCUGGAAAGGGUAUAUUCAUGCAGAAAUAUCUUCCAAUGUUCAUUAAGAGAAUAGCAUUUGCUGAUCAAUUUAGAGAAGUAGAUAAAAUUCAUUAUUUUACACAGAAAAAAGUUCCAGAAAAAUUUCAGUGAUAGUUGCUUUCAGAGAAAAUCAUGGAGCUAAUUGUGGAAACUGGUUAAGUGCGUGAAUACAGAACUUUGAGGUACCAUACAGUGUGGUAACCACAGUGUGUUAUCUUUAUUUGGUAUGUACAGUGUACAAGAAUUCGGUUACAAGAAAGGUGCAAAUAUAAAUAUCGGCUAAUAUGUAAAAACUGUUAUUUACAUAAUUUUAUUAUAAUCUAAAGAAAUAUAUUUAAGGCUGCAAAAUAAGCACAAAACAAAAAACAUAGAUUAUUUAGUAUAGUUGCUAGCAUCACUUUCAACAGAAAGUUGGAAUCUUGCAUUCCACUGUACUGUAAAUGUUAAAUGUGUAAUUUUAAUUCUGCAAGCAAUAAAAUGAGCAAAUACUCUGUCUGUCAGUAUAAUCUAUGCAGAUCUAUAACCAGUUGUAUUUUUAUGGUGAUACAAUUAUUGGCAAAUUCCUUUUGAUCGAGAAACUUGUAUCUUACAACCAACAUGCAUCUAUGACAUAUUAUGCUGAAUUCAGAUGCAGCAGUUAUAACACCUGCGUACAUAGGGUCAAUCUUCUUGAGGAAUUAGAUUGGAAUAAGUGGGAGAAGUAAACAUGUAUAUUGAAAUACUUUGUGGAAGGUAGGCUGAUCACUAUGAAUUUUAGGGAGAAAGCCAGCCUUACCAUUUGUCGCCAUGGGCUUCUUAUAUUCAUUUCGAAUGAAAUGUUGUAGAUAUCACGUCUUUGUUGGCGAAUGAGGUUGUGUCACCACCGGAUAGUGAGAUGGAGGAUUUAAUGCCAUGACUUUAAAUGGAAAUAGAAAUAAAUCACUAGAAAGAAAACUGUUAAAAUUAACUGGAGCAGAGACCAUUGUUGAUAGUGGAUACAUCUUUGUUAGUGGCCAAAUUAACUUAUAGAAGAAUGCUAUAAAAUUUAGAAAUACCAUCAUCUAUUUUGCUGGGCCAGUAUCUAUUGUUUACGUACAAAAUGGAAUCCAGAUUGGAGGCUGUGGCCAGAUCAUUUAAAGUUCCAAACUUGCAUUCAAGUUUGUAAAAUGCUUCAUGAUGAUCGGCAAUUAAUCUCAAGGAGCUGUAGCAAGUUUGAAAUGAAUAAAUGGCAGAAUACUAAUGGUAUUUGGCCAUUGUGUCUCCACACCACAAUCCAUUAAGUCUGUAUUGGUCGUUGACUGUAACAAUAAAGCAUUAAAACAUUUCAUGUACCAUAUAUCUAUGAGGAGAACUGUUAAAAUGAAAACUCAUGAGACCUAACUAAUUUACAUUAAUUUAAUUGCAAAUGGCUCUAAAGGUAAUGCAUGACACUUACAUCGAAUUUGUGUACACAAAAGAAAGAUUAAUUAAACACAUGCAGGGAAGACAACUGCAGUCUAUCAGUAUAAAGGUUAACAGACAAGAGAGAGAGAGAGAGAGAGAGAGAGAGAGAGAGAGAGAGAGAGAGAGAGAGAGAGAGAGAGAGAGAUAUCCGAGCAGGGACAUUCUUCAUUUACUUUCUAAAGAAAAAAAAAAUACAAUCAAUUGCAGACUGACUGCUGCUAUAUCAUUGAAAUAUUAUUGUACAAGGUCUGUUAGAGCAUCUGCUGUCAACAGAAGUACUGUUAGUCGCUGACCAUGGAGAGUGAGGUAAUCAGUAGGUAGUUCGUCAGAGCUCCACGAUUUGCAGCGGUCAGAGUGACCAUCUAUGGCUGUCAUACUUGACAUGUUGCAGCAAGCUGAUGUCAUUCCUGGGGACAGAUGCAUUAGGACUCAAGAAGACAUUUUGAGGUCGAUGAGGAGGUGAUUCAUGCAGUGAAGCACAGGCUGUGCCACCAAAACAGAGCAUACACUGACAGGGCAUACAUGCCCUUGUUUCGCACUGGAAGGAGGUCAUAGAACGGGAUGGAGAUUAUGUGG